CUUUCUCACCAUCCAAACACUCUUCUUCAUUAUUCCUCUUUUUUUCUCCUCUUUAAAUUCCACCAACGACACCGCGUAGACACAGUCCACUCUGCUGUAAAAACCAUGAAGAGCACCUCGUCGAGGAACUCCGAGUCCUCGACUCAGUUCGACUCGCCUCACUCCCCUCUCCGAUUCCGCACCUCUCCGCUCUCCGACACCGGCGACCCCUUCCACUCGCCGGAGAACACCCCGGAAACUGACCACAGAGAUAAUAACUCCAGGGCCAUCGUGAUCAUCGACACUUCCACUCAAUACUCCAACGCCGCGCCAUCCUUGCCCAACACCGCGCAGAAUGAGGCGCCGAGGGUGGCGGUUAACCGGGCUGUGAGGACGGAGCCUCCGCCGCCUACGAUGAAUCAGGGCCCGAAGACGAUCGGCGCUAGAAGCCGUGAAGACGGCGGAGGUAGGGUGAGACCUGUGGCGGCGGUGGCGGUGUCGAAAAGGGAAGUGAUGGCGAGGAAGGUUGCGUUAGGGUUCCGGUUGAGCGAGGUGGUGCUGUGUCUGAUUUCUUUCUCGGUGAUGGCUGCUGAUAAGACUCAAGGUUGGAGUGGUGACUCUUUUGAUCGCUACAAGGAAUACAGGUACUGUUUGUCUGUGAAUGUUAUUGCAUUUGCAUAUGCAGCUUUUCAAGCAUGUGAUCUGGGCUAUCAACUAUUUGCUGGGAGACAACUAAUCAAUCACCACCUGCACUUUCACUUCGAUUUCUUCAUGGAUCAGGUUCUAGCAUAUCUUUUGAUAUCAGCAGCAUCAUCUGCAGCCAGCAGGGUUGAUGACUGGCAAUCAAAUUGGGGAAAAGAUGAGUUCACUGAGAUGGCUAGUGCUUCAAUUGGAUUGGCCUUCCUUGCUUUCAUUGCCUUUGCUGUUAGCUCAUUAAUCUCUGGCUAUAACCUCUGCACUAUCUACCCCUAGAAAUGGUACUAGUGUGUUUGGCUUUCCUCUGGAACUGAAUAAAAUGCACAUCUCAAUGCUCACACGGAACAGAAUUUUGUCAGGUUGAGUUCAAUAUGGAUCGGCAUUGAUCUCAAGAGAGUCCAAAUACUCACUAAAACCUUAUACCACUUGUCUGUCUAUACUAGUUCUCCUUUAUUUUAUUUUCUUCUUUUCCUUACUGCUGUGGAGGAAUGCAUUCAAGAAAAUGUUGAUGCCCGUGAAUUUUUAUAUUGUACAGACAGACUUUUACACACACACUUGCAGGAUUACUUGUCUUAUAUACAAGUGGAAAGAUGGAGAAGGAGAAUUUUGGAUAGGUUUAAGUGUUUAACAUACAAUACAAUGGUUUCUUUGUUUGUUUUAACGCUCUUGUAUGAAAUCAUUUUUUAUA